ACAUCCAUCAACUUUUAAGAUGACGAAUUGACGACGACAUGCUGCAUGCAUCCUGGUUGUUGUACGGUUUAAAGUAAAUACUUGUUGGGAGUAGGGAAAAUGCUGUAAGACAAGCCCAGCUAACAAAAGUUGGGCUGAUGUACAAAUUAAGACCAAUUGAAGGCCCGAUAACAUUGGCCUAUCCACAAGGCGACCGCGAACUCCUCAUACAGUCAAGCUCCCGCUACUGCUACUGCUCCUACGGUCCUACCCCAUCUCUUUACCUCAAACGUCUGCAGAUGCUGCUGUUUAUUUUUCUUCUUUAAAUUAAAGAAAAUUCUGGUAUUUUUGGGGGAAGGAGUGAGUGUUGGGGUUAUGGCUAAAGCCCUUGAUUUGCAGGACUUCCUUCUCCGCGGUCGAGUCUUGAAGCUUUAUAGGCAAGCACUUGGGAUUACCCGAAGAGCCCCCGUUGAUUCCAGAGGUGAACUAAGAUCGAUGAUUCGACACGAACUGGAGAACAACAGGCGCUGCAAUGACAGGCAACGGACUCGUUUUCUGCUUAGUGAAGGUUUGGAGAGAUUGAAACGUCUCAACGACAUGCUCGACAUGCAAGGUCACUAGUUGUAUUCCUUAAUUUGUUGAGUUUCUGAAUGUCAACAUUCCCCUUGUACUCUUAGAACAUGAACAGGUGACUCAUGCUGCAUUUGUUAACAUAUGAUGUUUAUUUUGAAA